AUGUCUCCCACCAAAGCAGCAGCCGGCCCUCUCGCCGAGAGGUCGCCCAACCCGACAUCGCCCACCAAGCCAAAGUCAGCGUCCCCGCCGGGCAAGCUCGCCGUGGCGGAUGUGCCCAUGUUCAAAAUGCAGACUCAGACCCAAAAUACGGGCAGCCAGACAUAUAUCUCGCCGUCGGAUGCGAUUCGGAGUCCCACGACCAAGAAGCUGAGUGAGAUCAAGGGACGGCGGUUUAUGAACGCAAAGCCGCAGACGUUGUUCGCAAAGACGCUGGCCAAGGAAAAUCUCAAGGCGCAGGCGCAAGCCCAGGGUCAUGGCCAGGAUGGGGUUCAACGUUAG